UGCACCGCGGAUUCAUAAACCAAACCACAGAACGCUGACGACACCUAGCGAGGUAUCUGCAGGGUCGACUCGUCUUUACCGUCAUUUGACAUCUAGCAUCUAGUACGCCGUAGCUGUAUACUUUGUGGUACCGACCUAACGAAUCCCCAGAAUACGCCCACAUCGAACGAAACAAAAAGCCAGAUUACUAAGUUCAAGAUGGGUGGUAUGACAACAGCUCAGAUCAACGACGAGAUUGCGGGGUCGAACGUGGUGAUCCACCCCCUGGUCCUCCUUUCGGUGGUUGACCACGCCUCCCGUGUCCCAACGUCUUCAAGAAAGAGGAUCCUCGGUAUCCUCCUCGGUCAGAACGAUGGAAAGACCAUCAACGUUGCCAACUCCUUUGCGGUCCCGUUCGAAGAGGACGACCGGGAUCCCAAGACGUGGUUCCUGGAUCUGGAUUAUAUCGAGAGCAUGUGGGAGAUGUUCAGGAAGGUCAACGCCAAGGAAAGGCCGAUCGGGUUUUAUCACACUGGACCUCAGUUGAGGUCGAACGAUUUGGAGAUUAGCGAGAGGUUGAAGAGGUUCAUGCCCAAGCCGGUCAUGGUCAUUGUGGAUGUGCGACCGACGGGAGGACGAGGUGAUGUAGGGAUCCCGACGGAUGCUUAUUUCGCUGUCGAGGAGAUCAAGGAUGACGGCACGGCGACGCAGCUCUCAUUCGCCCACAUCCCUUCGUCCGUCGAAGCUGAAGAAGCGGAAGAGAUCGGUGUCGAGCACCUCUUGCGGGACAUCAAAUCUCCACACCAAUUCGGCGGACUAUCCAACCGGGUCUCUGCUCAGAUCGCCUCCCUCAAGGGACUUCACUCCCGGUUGAUCGAGAUUAGGGACUACCUCGCUCUUGUGGGCAAGGGCAAGUUGCCGGUGAACCAUCAGAUCAUGUACAACCUUCAGGACAUUUUCAACCUCUUGCCCGAUCUCGAUGGAAGUGCGAGAGAGGCCGAGAUCAAGAGGACGGCGUUUAGGGUCGAGACGAACGAUCAGUCCUUGGUCGUCUACCUGAGUAGUCUGAUCCGAUCCGUCUUGGCUCUGCACGAUCUGAUCGAAAACCGAAUCUCGAAUUCGAACGCCGAAGUCGAGGAAAACAAGACGUCGGAGAUGAAGGCCCUCGAAGCCGCAGCCGAAAAAGCCGGGGUCAAGGCGAGCGACGUGGAAAAGGGCCGCAAGGAGAAGGAGGAGCGAGACAAGGAGGAUGGGGAUAAGAAGAAGGGAUUGUAGUCAAGGAGUCAGAAUCGGAGUUGCAGAAAUGCUUGAUCUGAUGAUCGAGACUGAUGGGGACUGAUUUAGAGCCUCUAGAGACACUUGUACGAAUUUCAUGACGCCAAAGAUGCACGCACAUACAAUAUGAUGGCGAGAAUCCCGCUGUCAAUAUGGAGGGCACUCUGACUUGAAAUGAAAGGGC